AUGCGCGUCUUUCUGGUUCAGACGGCUCAGGGACUGACUCCCUCUUCGGGGGGAUACAAGGCCAAUGUCAACCUCCUCCGUGCUCUCAGCAGCCAGGGCCACACUACCGCCCAGAUUUGCUAUGGCGCUGAGCCCGAGAUCGACGAGUAUGCAACGCGUUCCACCAUCUACGGACCCAGUGUUAUCAGCGACUUGGAUGUCGACGUGAUCAAGGUCACCGAUAUUCGUAAUGUCGAGCAUGAGAUCAAGGUCAACACCUUCACCGACGAGUAUGGCGUCUUCAACAUUUGCUUCGACUUGAACAUCACUGGGCGUAUGAAGGCCCUCAUCGAUUUCUAUUCGUCUUGGAUUUCCCGUUUCCAACCGACCCAUGUUGUUUUCAAUGAUCCCACGACUAUGAAGAUAACAGAGACUCACCCUCUCCGCCAUACCUUCAAACGGAUCAACAUCAUUCACACGGCUGAGCAAUUGCCUUUCGGCCCCUUUGUCAAUGGCGUUGCCGGUCAUUGCCUGGCGCCGAAGGCUGAGGAUCGCUUGCUGCGAGGUCUGGAUGGAAUUUGGACGGUUUCUAAGGCCAUCCACGACUAUGCUUGGACUCAUGGCAAGCUCAAAACCACUUUCCUAAUUCACCCUUCCCGCACCUAUCUGGAUCACAAGACUGGCCAGAUGCCGAUGGCCCGCAACAACGUCGACAAGGAUGAGAUCGGCAUGGUUAACCCUUGCCCUCACAAGGGUAUCUCCAUCUUGCUUGCCCUUGCCAAGCGCUUCCCUCAUCUCAAGUUUGUUACCUGGAAAAGCUGGGGCACCUCUCGCGACCACCUCGCUGAGUUGCUUGCUCUUCCUAACAUUCGUGUUGAGAGCACCACCGAGGACAUGGAUGAGGUCUGGGACCGCAUCAAGGUUUUGCUUGCUCCCUCUUUGUGGUUAGAGGCCUGGGGCAUUGUGGUCACUGAAGCCCAGCUCCGCGGCAUUCCCGUCAUUGCAUCUAAUGCUGGCGGCCUGGCCGAGGCCAAAAUCGGUCUGCCUUACUGCAUCCCAGUUAAGAUUGUCACUGGCGAGCGUCAUCCCAAUGGUGACUACAUUGUAGCUGAGCAGGAUAUUGACCCCUGGGCUGAGGCUCUUGAGACGCUCAUGACCGACCGCACAGCCUAUGAGGCACUCGCGAAGCUUACUGCUAUCAAGGCUGCUGAGUGGCUACGGUCUCUUGACGAUCGUGCCCAUGAGAAGUGGUUCCUGUCUAUGAUGGACGACAACAAGAUCAACGGUACGAAGGCUCUUGCUGAGGAUGACCUUGAGGACACCAAUGACGAGCAGGCUUUGCAGUGUGCCGUAAAGCAGGAGGCCUGA